CGUAUAUCACCGUAUUUCGGGAAGAUAGAAAUGAAGAAACUUUGUUUGAGCAAGGCAGAUCUGUCGUCCUGUCUACGCGUCGCCUUUCGGCGCCCGGCGGAACUCCCUAAAUGUUUUGUUACCUAAUUGCGGCGAAAUUGCAUUUGUGGCGCCGCUUUAAUUUUAGCCAUCACGGCCAGCUAGGCGGGGAACCGAUUUCGUAAUACUUGUAACAACAGUACAGUAUGCCAUGAAACAAUCCGUUCACGCGCACAUUUAACGCAUCACGCUUGCAAUGACCGGGCAACCGGUGCGGUCCAGGCCUUGCGGAGACUUCCGACAUUCCAGACAGGCACUCUUGCCCACGUUUUUUUGUGCCAAUGAUAACGACAUGUCUUUUUUUUUUUUUUUUAGCGAGUGCCAUUUCAUUACCCUAGCCAAUUCUCCAUAGUGGGUACGAGCCACAGCGCAUCAGACCCGGCCCAGCGGCAGGGGCAGCCGGCAAAGCCAUGAAGGCCUCCGCUGCCGUCUUAUUUGCGCUGCAGACCCUGUGUCUGCUCGGAGAGCACGGAGCCACUCAGAGCCGGCAGUACGACGACGCUCGCAUCGCCGACGAGCUGGGACGCUUGCUCAAGCUGCCGCAGCCACUUCGCUACGCCGGGCCGAACUUCCACUUCGAGUACCCAGUGCUCGCCAACAACGGCGUCACCUUGGCGGGCACGACGUAUAGCCUGGACGACUUCUCGCUGCCCUGGCGCCUAGUGAGCCACUAUGCACAGAUGCAGCUGAGCACCUACAAGAUGGCAACCGGGAACCCAGCCAUGAGGGCCGCCAUAGCGCGUCACAAUGUGGCACGCAUGAUGGACUUCCUCAACCACGUCGAGAUGGCUGGUUCGCGGAGAGCACAGUUCGGCCAUGGCAGCGUUCAAGUGGUCCAGGAAUCUGGGCUGAUGUCCGAGGUGAAGCUGGUGUCCGAGGUGAACGUAUAUCUCGUAGCGUCCCUGGUGGCUGCGCUAGUCAUCUUAUUCACUGCCUACUGUUCCUGCGUCAUCGCCAAGCACGUGUCUUGCCUCCUAACGGACACUGUGCCACAGCCUGUAGCCCAAGAACGAGCACGUCUCCUGCUGCAAGCGGCUGAGUGAUGCACCAGUGCUGUGCGCCUUUGCCCAUGCACUGCCAGAUGCAACAUGAAGGCAUGGGUGAAGGGCAUCCAGGUGUGCUACUAGGCUUAAAAGCCUAGCAACCAUAAAACCAUAAAAGCCUACAUGUUAAGACUUGCAGAACUACGUCUGGCGCAGUAGUUGCACUCUGUAUCACAAGCUGUUGUCAGUACUGUGAAAAGCACGGCUAGCAUGGGCCAAUCAAGAUUGCAAUAUCCUGCAGGCACAUGCCAUGUUUCGUGUUCGAGCUAGAGCGAGUCUCGAUAGCUUCCAAAACCAUGCGAGCCAACAGGUUGCCAGUGCUCCAGUAAAAUUUUGCAAUACCUGGCUGAUCUUUCGCACUGUGUCUAAGCAGCAAAUUUCUCCAUGGCAGGACCAGCACCACCAGUGCAUGUAUAUGACCACCGAGAUCAGGCAGUGCGCGCAGGCUUGCUCACUGCUCAGUCUCUCAGGCUAUGGAAUGCAGCGUGUAUCACAGGCAACGUUAGUGCGUGCUUCUUUUUCUACGUCUUCCAUGUUUUAGCGCUCGAAGCCUUUAUUAAUGCGACGUUAGUAUCACGCAGGUGUGUAGUAGUGUCAAGAAGGAAGCAAAGAGCAGGUCGAGUGAAAGAGGGCUACAGUGACGAUUAGCCACAAACAUGAUUUUGAAAUUGAAGCUUGAGAGUGUGUUCUUCAGAUUGCUUAGCUUUGAAGUCUCGCAACUCUCGUUCUCGAGCAGAGCAUUAAGGUUGGUCUUAAGGCAUUUCUUUAAUCAUACAGAAGCCAUUGAUACCCUGUUUAGCAAAAUCUGAGGAACAAUUAUGUUGCAAAUCGUUGCAGAAAAUAAAGGAAGCUUGAAUAAGAUUAGAGCCAAAGAAGUGACAAACAAAAAUGGAUGUCAUAUACUAAAUAAGCACACAAUAUUACAUACGUGUAUGUACUACAAGUUUUCAGCACCAUACAUUGGAGAAUAAAGGUUUUUGGAAAUUUUUGGUUUAGGACCCUUGACUUUAGUGUCCCUUUAAGACGUGUAAGCCACAUCUUGAACCCUGCACUUUGUCCCCCAUUUUAUCUGCAGAUGGCAUGCAAGUGUGCUACGCAAUCUGAUGCCAGGAAUAAAUGAUGACACACUCGGAUAUAUGACAACUUCUUGCUUUACUUCAGGCAUUACAGUCCCUCAAAAAAAAAAAAAAGAGAAAA